UUAGGAGCUUCUCCUUUCUGCUAGCUCUCAGACACAUCCAAGGCAAGACCGGCACCCAGCGCACAGCAGUCACAGACCACAUACGGUCACCUAGCACCAUGGAGUCCUUCAGCUCAAAGAGUCUGGCACUACAAGCGGAGAAGAAGCUGCUGAGUAAAAUGGCUGGUCGGUCCGUGGCGCAUCUCUUUAUCGACGAGACCAGCAGCGAGGUGCUAGACGAGCUUUACCGCGUCUCCAAAGAAUACACGCACAGCCGGUCCAAGGCACAACGGGUGAUCAAAGACCUCAUCAAGGUGGCCGUCAAGGUGGCGGUGUUGCACCGCAGUGGCUGCUUUAGCCCUGGGGAGCUGGCUCUGGCUACACGAUUUCGCCAGAAGCUGCGGCAGGGUGCGAUGACUGCACUUAGCUUUGGUGAGGUGGACUUCACCUUUGAGGGCGUGCUAGCAGGUCUGCUCAUCGAGUGCCGGGACAUUCUGCUGGAGCUGGUGGAGCACCACCUCACACCCAAGUCACAUGACCGCAUCAGACACGUGUUUGAUCACUACUCUGACCCUGACCUGCUGGCUGCCCUCUAUGGGCCCGACUUCACUCAGCACCUUGGCAAGAUCUGUGAUGGGCUCCGGAAGCUUCUAGACGAGGGGAAGCUCUGAGACUCCUGAGCUCAGCACACUGGACUUUGGCAAAAUGACUGACCGGGAAACGACACAUCGGGCUUUCUAACCCCGCACAAAUGCUUUUCAAUCCCCUGGCUUCAUUCUCUCCCAAGAGUGCUAUUGACACCGAGGCCACCCCCACCCCCAAACUGCUGGUGGAGUAAAGUAAGACUGGGCUGAGAGAGGCGGCUCUCCCAUCCAGUUCCAGUAAAGGAAACAGCUGACUGAAGAAGAAGUGAAACUCCGAUCCGCCUCUCCCAGGAUGGCUGCACAGAACAGGGGAUCCUCCUCCUCCACAAACCCGAGGAAGGGGACACUAAAGGCCAGACGCAGGAAGGUGGCCAGCGGAGACUCCUGGAUCUCCUGCAGUUGGAGGCAGCACUCGGACACACACAGAUGCUGUUUCAGAGCUUCUAGAAGGAGCUGAGGGAAGGGAGGCACAGGGAAUAAAACCACUGAAACGUG